AUGGCUGGCAGCAAUGAGUUUUCCGCCAUUCUCCUUAUUCCAAUCGCCAUUUGUGUCCUUGGGAUCCUAGUUCUACUCGAGAUACGCAAGCAACAACAACAACGAUCAGAUGAUACGUAUUCUACUCAGGCAGUAGGAGAUUUCAGCGAGGAAGAGGAUUAUCUGGAUGAUACCAUACAAGAGGAUGUGGCCGAACAAGGAGAAGAUGUGGGAGAAGGAUCAUCUACAGCCGUACGAGUGAAAAAGAUUGGCAAGAAGAAAGGUGAAAAGUUAAGGAGGAAAGAGCAAAUGCGACAAUAUCAUGAGUACAUGAAUCAACAACGAGAAUUGCGUCGAGCACAGGAUGAGAUAUUGGAAGAAGAGUUUAGAAGGCGAAAAGCAGAGGAAGCCAUUCGUCGAGCACAAGAGGAAGAAAAAAGGAAAAAGCAACAAGCAAAAAAGGCCAAGCAAGAAGAAAAGGAACGACAAAAGCGAGAGAAGGCUGAGGAAAAGGAAUUGAAAAAGAAGCGAUCAAGGUUUGAAAAGUAUCAAGGUCGCAUAACGGAUGCUGUCAAGAACAUGCGUGUGUGCACGAUGGAAUCGCUAAGUGACGUCGUUAGGCUUACUCCCGAGGAAACAGAAGAGAUCCUUCGUGAGCUCUGUGCCACAUCACCCGAAUUCUCAUUAUCUCUCUGGUCUGGAUCCACAUUCAUGUUUAUCACCGAGAAAGAUUAUGGGCGGAUAUCAGCCUAUCUGCUGAAGAAUGGCAAGACCCCAAUCAAGCAAGCUGGUUCACAUCUCAUUUCAAUAUUGACAAGUGGAGAAGAGGAAUAA